ACCACACCGCAAGGAUAACGCGCGCCGUGUAAACAACAUUACACAACUCUGUAUAUAAGCAUACACACUUUAUAUCUAGGGGAGCAUCGAGCUAUAAAGUACAAACAGAAAAAAAAUAUAAAACAUUUCAGUGGCAACAAUUUCAGCUUACAGAUUCGGAACGGAGGCGAGGAGUCCUGUUUGUUUCCAAAGCUGGAUGCCAAGCUGAACUUUGACUUAAAAUAGAGUACAAUCCAUACAACAAAAUGUUCCACAACAAGCGAUGCCAUAAACUAGCUCAAUAAAUUCAAAAAGUGUCUCGCAACUAAAUACGAAAGAAGACCAUAGAAAUCUGAUAAGCCAGGCGCAACUAAGAAGCUCAGAAUGCAUCAGGUGCUCAGCUAUGAGACGGCUGUGAGGGCCAACAGCAGCUCGCGCGAAUAUCGCGAAUAUGUGACAAAACGCACCUGCGCCUCACUUCUGCUCACCAUUGGCUUCUUCAUGCUCAUCUCAGGCUAUUUGCUCGGCAAUUUCGUGACGGAACGUAAAUAUUACAUACGUCAGCUGCUCACAAAAAAGGCAAUCAAGCUUGACGAUGGUGGCGGAGGCGACGGCGAAGGCGACAGGUAUGUGCAGCUGAAUAGCGUGGAUUAUGGCAAUUUACAGGAACUGCGCGCCUAUCAGAAGAACAAGGACCAACUGCUGGCCGCCGCCCAGGUGCUGAACAAGCUGCUGCAGCAGGACGAGAGCGAAAUAUAUUUGGCUACAUCCUUGAACACGGAAAUCUUCAACAAAUACAUCAGCUGCACGCAGGACAUACCGCCGAACACGAACAUUAAAGCCAGUCAGUUUAUAGAACAGCUAAUUGAUAAUACCAUAGCCAGGCAGCGGGAUUGCAUGCGGAUUAUUCAGGUGGUAAUCGAUAAUCAUCUGGCCAACAGUCAGCUUUAAGCCCAAUGGACAUAAUGGAAGUAAGCGUUAAACUGUCGCAGUCGUUAAUGUGUUUUUAGUUUUAAAUAUAAAUUAUAUUCUGUAACAGACAGAAAUUAUUUUAAAUAAUG